AUGAAGGAUUGUUCACCAAGUGUAGCUCCCAUCAUGAAGGGUGAUAAACUCAAUUUGAGUCAAUGUCCGAAAAUUGAUUUUGAGCGGGAACACAUGAAGAAUAUUCCAUAUGCUUCAGCUGUCGGAAGCCUUAUGUAUGCUCAGGUUUGCACUAGACCUGACAUUGCAUAUGUUGUUGGAGUUUUGGGAAGAUAUCAGAGUAAUUCAGACUAUGCUGGCUACAUUGAUUCACGAAAAUCAACAUCUGGUUAUAUUUUUAUGUUAGCCGAUGGAGCUGUAUCUUGGAGAAGUGCCAAGCAGACUUUAACUGCUACUUCUACUAUGGAGGCUGAGUUCAUUUCCUGUUUUUAG